CGCAACCAUGCCGUCGUCCUCCGUGGCCUUGACGCCGGGAUUGGCGUCCUUCCUCAAGUCUUUGAAGACGAACCCGAUUGACACAUCCAUUGACGAUCUGAUCUCUCUCCUCAAGCGCAGACAGAUCCGCCAUUCGAGAUCGUGCGCGACUGCCACCGCCUACCUCCUGCGCAGUGUCAUUUCCGCCUGCAGGACCUCGGAUGCAAACAAGUUGAUCGAACGGGUCCAGUAUGUGGGUAGACGUGUGAUGGCUGCCCAGCCCAGGGAAAUGGUGGUUGGCAACAUCGUCCGACGUGUGCUAGGAUUGAUCCGCGACGAAGCGGAGGAUGACCGGGAGGCCGACUUCACGUUGAGCGACGCAGGCUCCGAGAGCCAACCGCAGACCCCUCGUAUCCUCGAUGACAUCUCCGAGUCUCUCUCUGCACGCCAUGAUGGCUCCGACCGGUCCUCGAGACAGCCUUUCACCUCGCUGUCCGCACCUCCAAUUUCCAUGUUCAGUCUCCUCUCACACCCGGAGCCCGAGUCAUCGUUGCCUGGUACCCCAGCUUCUGCGUCGCCUUCCGGCAGGCUGCCCAGCCAGAUUCACAACAAGGACAUCCGUGCCGAAGUGCUCGACGGCAUCAAUGAGAUUAUCGAUGAACUGGGCCAGGUAGACGACCAGAUCGCGGCCUAUGCCCUUGACCACAUCCACUCCAACGAAAUCAUCCUCACACACACCUCGUCCACUACCGUCCAGAAGUUCCUGCUGAAAGCUGCGGCCAAGCGGAAGUUUACUGUCAUCCACGCCGAGUCGUACCCCAACAACCAUGAAGCGACCCAUGCCACCGUCAGCGGCCAGACCCCCGACGAUGACGAGCUUCUAAGCACCGAGGCUUUCCAGAAGCCUUUGAUUGCCCUGGGCAUCACCGUCAUCCUGAUCCCGGACUCCGCGGUCUUCGCGCUCAUGUCCCGCGUCAACAAGGUCAUCUUAGGCACGCACUCCGUCCUUGCCAACGGCGGACUGGUGGCGGCGGCCGGCACACGGGUUAUCGCCCGCGCGGCCAAGGUGCACCAAACCCCGGUGGUUGUCGUGAGCGGUGUGUACAAGCUCAGCCCGGUCUAUCCCUUCGAUUUCGACUCGUUGAUCGAGUAUGGAGAUGCCAGCAAGGUCAUUGGCUACGAGGACGGGGAUCUGGUGGACCAGAUUGAUGUCCAAAACCCGCUCUACGACUAUGUCCCGGCGGAGUCGAUCGACCUUUACAUCACGAACCUGGGAGGUCAUGCCCCAUCCUACCUGUACCGGAUCGUUUCGGACCACUACCGCAAGGAGGAUAUCAACGUCUGAUCGAUCGGGUUGGGAUUCAGGCAAAGAAAGAUAAAAAGACAAAAAUUGAGACAAAAAUGAGACACUAUCGUGGAAAUGCCGAUGACUGGGUAAUGAAACGCAAAAGUCUGGUUAUAUAAGGCGUAAGGGCAUAGACAAUGAAACGCAACGAUACCCGCAGG